AUGAAGCAGGUUCAUAAGAUGAGGUUCUUAUUCACCAUCUUUGCUACUCUUGUUUUCCUGUCAGUGAAUUUUUUAUUGUGUGCAUCCCAAUCUGUCAUCGCCUCUGGAAAUGAAACGGAUCGAUUUGCUUUGCUUGCAUUCAAAGAUAGAAUAACAAGUGAUCCCUUUGGAGUACUAACCUCAUGGAACGAUUCUUCUCAUUACUGCACUUGGAUAGGAGUUCUAUGCAUCCGUCGCCAUCCAAGCAGAGUCACCGUCUUGAAUCUACGCGCAAUGAGUCUGACAGGUUCGAUAUAUCCACAUAUAGGAAAUCUUACAUUCUUACAAAAUCUCAGGCUAAGUAACAAUAGCUUCAAUGGUGAAAUCCCUCAAGAAGUUGGUCGUUUGUUCCGACUUCAGUUUCUGUAUUUGACAAAUAAUUCGCUGCAAGGAGAAAUUCCAAACAAUCUAACCGGGAAAAUAGUUUGCACUAAGCUUAUAUAUUUAUUUUUAACCGGGAACCAGCUAACAGGGAAACUUCCUACACAGCUUGGUUCCCUAUAUAAGCUUGUUGUUAACAUUCCGCCAGAGAUAGGCAAGUUAUCAAGAUUAGAGUUUUUUCAGGUGUCAGGAAAUAAUUUAUCAGGAACUAUUCCAGCUCAACUUUUUAACAUUUCGUCGAUAUAUCUUUUUGCUGUGACCGGCAAUCAACUUCAUAUAUCCGUUCCACCCAACGUUGGAAAUGCUCUCCCUAAUCUUCGAUCGCUUGCUGUAGGUGGGAAUCUGUUUUCUGGCUCACUACCAACUUCCAUAUCUAAUGUUUCUGGAUUGUCUCAGCUUGAGUUCUCUCGCAAUCAAUUCACGGGACACGUACCUCCUAAUUUGGGAUCAUUGCAAGAUCUUGUUAGACUAAUUUUAGGUGAGAAUCAGCUUGGAACUGGUGAAGCAGAUGACUUGAAUUUUUUGUCUUCAUUAUCAAACUGUAGUCACUUAGAAGUACUUGCACUGACUGGUAACAAUUUAAGUGGGCAACUGCCUGAUUCAAUAGCCAACCUCUCAACCAAGCUUACCAAAUUAUACAUGGGAGGAAACCGUAUAUUCAUAUUCGGAAAAAUAGUGUAA